AGACCUGUGACAAAGGAGGAGUUGUUCAAUCUUCGACAUGCCCAAGCACGCAACGUGAUUGAGCGCAUUUUUGGUGUAAUCAAGCGUCGGUGGCGCAUUCUGGUUGCACCCCCGGAGAUCGACAUGCAGUACCAGGCUUUGCUUCCUUCGGCCCUUGCUGCACUACACAACUUCAUCCUUGAACACGACUUCACCGAGAGGGAGGAGGUUACGGAGGCCAUUAGCUCAUCGGCCACUGCCUUUCUCGACCGUCAGCCACUCGAUCCUAUUCAUUUUGGUGCAUUGGCCGCUAGGGUUCCAGGAAGGGCAGAGGCACGUCGGGCAAAGCAGAAGCGGGAUGCGAUUGCGCAGGCAAUGUGGGAUGAUUACCAAGCAUAUCUAGCAGCAGAGCAGAACAAGUAGUCUACGGCUAUGCGAAUGGGUCAUCCUCCUCCGCAGCAUGCACAGGCUGAGGUUUCCCAAGGCGCUUGCGCACCCAAGUUUGACGCAACUCUGUGUCAUCGUGGUUGAGGGCCAUGUACGCGUCCGCCAUCCGCACAUUGUCGAUGAAG